CCCUAGCCUAGGCCCUCGUCUAUGUGGCGAUCGCGGAGUAGAUCUGCUGCAUGUAAAAAAUUUGAAUUUUCAAACUGGAGGAGAAAGUGUUUGACUGUUGUCAGGUUGUAGUUGGAGCUAUCAUGCACUACGCUGUUUCCCCGCACUAGCACAAUAAGCUGCACAUACAUGUGUCGACAGAAAGUCUGUGGUUAUCAAAAGAAGAAGCAUCUACAACUUCAAGUAUUCCUUUCUCCCCAGUCCUAAAGAAUUUUCAACUUGUCCAUCCACUAUAAAAGUUCGCCGACGGCUUUCCCUUGCCGACUAUUUAUUCCUUCCGACGGGCACUGGAGCUCGAGCGUCACGCUUCAAGCCGAGCAACCAAGGUGGUGAUGGCCGCAUGUGACCGGGAUGUUGGCAAGCUAUUGAAGGAGGUUGAGAGUGUCCUGUCCGCUCGAGAUAGGCAAUGCCAGAGAGAUAUUCGAGACCGGGACACGGAUAUUGCGAAUCUUCGGCAAAAAGUCAAUAACCUAAACGGUAUCGUUCAACACAGAGAGGAUCAAGUCCGAUCUCUGAAGGAUGAGCUCGACAAACUUAUGAUCUCUCAGAGAAGGGAACUACAAGCCUAUACUGAACAGCUGGAUGAGCUUAGGAAUAAGCACGCACAGUUGUUACAUACGCAUAGUGAUGCUAAAGCUAAGCAUACAAAGCGCUAUGAGAAGGUGGUCAAGCAGCGUGACAAGCUGACUGCAGACUUGUCGGCGCGGAACACAGAACUGUUAGAGCAGCACCAACAGAACACGGAACUGGAGGAGAAACUGCGGACAGCACAAUGUGGAGAAAAGGAGGCAGCCGCCAAGAUGCUCUCUGCCCAAAUGGAGAUGGACAAACUGUCCGAUCGUUGCUCAGCCCAUCAGGCGUCAAGUGAUCGCUACAAGGAGCAAGCAGCCACCAGUGCAAAGAAGCUGGAUGACACGAAGAGAGACCACACCAAGCGUGUCCGAGAUCUCGAAACCCGAAUCAAGUCGGUGCGUGACGACAGCAACAAGAAUAUUGAAAGUAUCCGCAAAGCACUGGAGAAACAACAGGAGGUGACCAAGAGCAUAACAGAGGAGAACAUAGGCUAUCGACGACAGUUAGCUGAGCGCUGCACGCGUUUUGAGCACAUGGAGCUGGAUAACGGGGCGCUGCGAGACGAAGUCAAGCUGCUACAGAAGCAAAUCAAGACUGCUCAGACGGACUGCUGCCAGCACCGCGAGCGCGUUGAACAGCUGCUCACAACUGUGGACAGACAGCAGACACAUAUAGACGAUCUGGAAGCGACAGACCGACAGUUAAUUUCCCUGGAGCUCACUGCAGUCCGAGAGGAGCUAGGACAGGCACAGAAUCAGAUAAGUCAGCUGGAACAGAAUGAAGACCACUUACGACAGCUUUUGGCGGAAGCUGACAAUCGGCAUUCCAAAUGUGUCACUGACUCUGCAACGCUCCGUGCUGACCUGAAGCAUGCUUUAUCCGAGGUGACGAGCUUCCAGCAGAUGGUGCUGAAAUGCCAGCAGGAGCAUGGCCAUCUGACAGACAAAGUAAGGGCAGCUGAGCGCCUGGGCAAGCAAAAAGUCAAGACACAGCUGGACAACCUCACCAUACGCCUUGCCGAAAAGCAGUCAGAGGUCUUGAAGCACCAGCAAGCAUUGGCCGAGGCACAGCAGAAGAAUGACCAGCUCAGUCAUGACAAGAAAGAAUUUCAACGCCGAUUCAAUGCAGCGGUGGUGGAAAUCGAUGACUUGCGACAACAGCUACAGGUUCGCACUGCUGUGCGCAUGCAGAGCAGUGAUAUGGGCAAUCCCACUGCUGCUACCCUAGACUCCCAAGAUGUUCCGUUCAACAGCUCAUUUCGCCGCCUUCCAUCUAAAAUCAACCCGGCUGUAGUCGGGUUGCGUCCCCGGGACCAGGCCAGAGCUGGUGCAGCCGCGGCCGCAGGUUUAACCAGCUCCAGUACGGCUGUAGCCACUACCACAACCAGCAGCACAGCUCGUUCGUCGUCCGAUAGCUUGGCAGGACCGCUGGCUCGUGGUGGAGAAGCGAGUGACACUAUAUCGGGUAUGCGUGCGCACGAGCCGACCGAUGCCAGCGUUGUCAAUCAGCUAUUGUCGGAGCUGACUGACGCACUUGCACCACCAGCAUCACUGUCAACAGCCAGUGCGGGAUUGAACUGUCCCGCUGCUGCUUCACACGCUCCUGCUUCUAAUACCUCUGUCUCGUCUGUCUUUCAACAAUCCAGUGAUAGGCAGCGACCAGGGCCUGGCACACACGCGCCCAGGCUGCCGACGACUGGCCAGCAUAGGAAUCAGACAACGGCCACUGAGAAGGUCGAUGACUUUGUAGCUGACUUUCUCGCCAGGAACAGCAUCGAGCACGAUGUGUCCCGUCUUGUCGACUCAGUCACGUGGCAUGAUCUCAAAACAAGAUAGCAUCUCGUUGCGACCUUGCCGUAGAAGCCGGCAGACCUGUGGUGGCUCAUUGCAAUCACACUCCACGGCAGCAGUGAUCACCGUGAAUUGAACACCUGACUAUUCAUGCACACAACCCAUGAUACAGCAAUAUUCAUCUAUUGUGGUGCUCUCCAUCUCGGUACUACUUGUUCUUGUGUGAUAUGGAAGUGGAGCUACUCUUUUCUUGACCCUUUCUUCAAUGUUCCUUGCCCAAUGUUCUUGUCCUCUUGUUCAUGCCAUAAUUUUCACUAAAACAGCUUUAUCCAAACGCUAGAUUCGAGAAAUUUACCAGCGAUAACUCCCCUUCAAUAAUGAUAGCUGUCACGGUUACGAAACGCAUUCUCAAUGUCAUACCUAGAUACAUGUAUAUUCAUUCCCUUUAUUGAAGUAUGAAUGAUUUUUUUAAUGAAGCAUGACACCUUCAUGUUCCACAGCAUGUGUCUGGGAACUUGCCACUUUUCCUCCUUCCUUUUGUACAGUUCCUCCCAGCCCAGUAGUACAGUAGCGUACUAAUGCGUAGGGGACAUGCAGCAGCAGCCAUCCUUUUGUCACAGCAGCACCACUACGGCUGAGUUGUGCCACUUCUGGUUCUACCACCGGCCUGAAACCAAUAGCCUAUUCAUUGCCACUGCCGUUCCCGCUUUGCGCCUGGCAUGUUGAGAUCAUUUGCUCAUGCAUUCAUUCUUCACCGCUGUUUAUGAUAUCCAGCCAUGCAGAUGUUUGAUUUUGUCAUUUGGAUGAUUAUCUCAGCCAUCAUUCAAGCUCCGGCCGAUGUGACCUUUGCAACAAACCUCUCUGAGGCGACUACUAGUAUGUUCUACAUUGAUCUCUGGUUUGUUGAAUGUAGAAAU